AUGCCCUCCGCCAGUAACACGCCUUCACGGGAGUCUCUGGCGGACCCGGACUUGAGUAUGGACUCACCGGAGUUUGAGAUUAGCUGCAUGGAACGAACUCGUUUCGAAGGCACCCAUGUGAUGAUCUUUAUCGGUUUUGGUUUUCUCAUGACGUUCCUCAAGAAGUACUGCUACAGUGCACUUGGCCUGAAUUUGCUUCUAGCAUCUUUGGUUAUCCAAUGGGCUAUCUUAUGCCAAAACAUCUUUGAAAUGGAAAGUGGUGUCAUUGUAAUUACGAAGCAUUCCUUACUUGAGGCUGACAUAAUGUCGGCAACUGUGCUGAUUACCUUUGGCGCUUUGCUUGGAUUUGCCAGCUCUACGCAACUCUUGUUUCUUGCUGUCAUUGAGACUGUUAUCGGCUGCACUAAUUUGUGGCUGGUUACACAUGUCCUUCGGGCGGCAGAUGUGGGAGGAUCAAUCGCUAUUCAUGCAUUUGGUGCAUAUUUCGGACUUGGAGUGAGCUUCGCCUACAGAGACAAGAAAUCCACAACAGAGGCAGCGACUGAGUCAAUCUCUACUGCUAUGCCUUCAUUGAAUGGGCCAAAGUAUACGUCAGACGUCACCGCUAUGAUUGGUACAAUUUUUCUAUGGAUAUACUGGCCAAGUUUCAAUUCUGGUCUAACUGAAAGUGACGCAGAGUACACACGGGCUGUAGUUAACACCUAUUUGUCAUUGGCAGCUGCUACAGUAACAAGCUUUGUGAUAUCUUCUCUUGUCAGCCACGCCAAAUUUGACAUGGUGCACGUUCAGAACUCCACCCUGGCUGGUGGAGUCGCUGUAGGUUCUAUCUGUAAUCUACACAUCGGUGCUGGAGGUGCUCUUGCUGUUGGCAUUGGGGCCGGUAUCUUAAGUGUUUUAGGGUAUCACUAUUUGACGCCGAAGAUAGCCAAACAUUGUGGAGUUCUAGACACUUGUGGAGUAAACAAUCUGCAUGGCAUGCCAGGAAUCUACUCUGGCAUACUUUCGAUAAUUUUUGCUAUGCUAGCCAGAGAGGACACGUAUGGCAAAGAACUGGGGACUAUUUUCCCAGCUAUGGUCGGGGACCAUCCAAGAUCUGCAAAUGUACAGGGAUUGUACCAAUUCGCCGCUUUAGUAAUCACCAUUGUACUGGCUUUUGUAGGUGGAGCUAUAGCAGGUUACCUGUCGAAAAUACCAAAGGCAUUCAAAAAACUAAAUGACGAUGAGAAAUACAACGACGAAGUAGACUGGGAAUUGCCUGCUGAUGUUUAAAUUAUUUUAUAUUUGUUUUCUUAUAGUUUUAAUAAUUAAUUCCCUUCAAUCGACCUUGCGCCGUUUUAUACAGUCUGCUGCGUGAAGGUGAGUCAAAAUGACGGAGUAUCUUAAUGAAUCCAGUCGAAUUUCAUACCAAAUAAAUGUACCUAAAUUGUACUAUGCUAGAAAAAAUUGUUCCCUUAUCAAAACGAAGUUACAGCAAUAUCAAAGGUUCAAUAUGUAUGGGGUUUUUUUUUUUUUUUGUAAAAACUUAUUGUUUCAACUAAUUACUCUAACGGAAAGUCGAACUCGACCAUUUGAUUAGUAUCUGAGAAAUAAAUCUACUCCUGCGUCGGUCUCAUCAUGGAGCUGGUCAAUGCCUUGAUUUGUUGUCUAAUCAGUUUAUUGUGAGACAACCCGUAACAAAAUUAUUCUUCUUCAUACAGCAAACGUCUUCACAACUCUAGGCUCUUUAAUGUACUGGAAAGGCUGUAAAGGCUAACAUAUUUAAUUUUGGGUCAUCGCCAUGUUUUUUUCUGUUAUUGAUAACACGAACAUUGAUAAGUUUCUAUGAUUUACAUAUAAAUUCGUACAACUUUAACUGGGAGGAUGGAACGAAGUAUAGAAAUGUUUAAAUUACCUUAUUAUUUCGAAUCUAAAAAGAUGAUAUCUGUUUCAUUCACGUCGCCGUCAACGUUAAGUAUUAAAUCUGAGCGGAGGAGCUUUACUUACGUAAACUUCAAAUGGAGUAAAUAAAAAUAAAACCCAAAUAUUUCAUUGAGGGCGCUAGUUGCGAAGAUAUCAAUUUGGGAAAUGAAUUUUUCUAAAUUGAUUCUGACCUGGGUGUUCUGAGAUUACUCCAGAGUGAGUUCUGUUGCUCUGGUCCUCUUAGGACAAGGCGUCCUCUCAGGACAAGGCGUUCCCUUGUUUGAGACCAGGUCAUUCGUUGUCUGGCACAUAUAUGAAAACAAAAUACACGAUCGUAGAGGUCGUUACACAUCAAAAAUCUGCAACAAAAUCAAGUACAAUAAAUCCGGAAUUUCAGAGGGAGGUAUUAUCUACUAUAUAUGUAUCCAUUGAUGCUUAGGUAAAUGUUUACCUGUUCCGAUUUCUAGUAAUUAUAUAAACAUAACCAAUUUGUCAUUUACAUAAGUAACAAAUAAUAAACAUUUCAUCGCAGAGUGUAGCAAUCAAUCACAAUGAGAAAAAGAUGUUUAGUCUAGUGUCUUUUUUUAUUAAUUAUAUUUUUGUUUUUAAUAACAUGAACAGAGUCAAUGGCAAUUAUAAAUAACAUGUAUUUUAUAUUUGUUUUCAGUACGAAAGUAGUUCUCAUAAUAAUUUAAAAACAUUGAUUGUUAUUAUCAAAAUAAUAUAUGAAAUCACAUUUAGAAUAAUAAGCAUAAGAGAUAAGAUCUGAGUAUAAUUAUUUAGUGCAUGCUACGGUGUACAACACGACUAGGUCGCGUCACAACUAUUCCUGCACUAUAUAAAGGUGAAUCUUCAAGGAAUAGGAGUAAACGACAUGCUACUUCAACGGUAAAGCGGCGUCUAUUGCGUUCGAUCGAAACAAAUAAUAAUAAUAAUUCGCUAGUAGGCGCUGUGCGAAUUAUUUUGCGCGAAAUCUGUUUAAAUAUAAAAAUAUUGAUAAUGAUUAAUUUAGUAAUUG